AUGAGUGAAGCCAUCAUCGACAGUCGCUAUCUCUCGGCUGGCGCAAACAGGUAUGCGGCCGCCGCCGAUUGGGGCGAGAACGGUCUCGUCGCAUUCGGCUCCGACACAAAUAUCUGUCUCUGGAACCCUGCAGACUCGAGAGGCAUCUCGCACAUACUGAGUGGACACACUGCCCAUGUGCGGGCUGUGAAAUUCCUGCCCCGAGAUGAUGACCAGGGGGAGGUCGUCCACUUUGUCAGCGGCGGGGACGACAAGCAGCUUCGGCUGUGGGCCAUCGACCCGGAGACGGGACUCGCUUCGUGCGUCCAGAAUGUCCAGGAGCACACUGAGCCCAUCAACUGCAUUGCCGCCCUCACCGGGGCAGCAUCGGCGACUACCGCAAGACGGAUAUUUGCCACGGGGGCUGCAGAUGCCACGGUCAAGGUCUGGGCCCUCGAGGCAGGCCGAAUGGCGCUGCUGCAAACCAUCAAGACGACCAAGAAAUACAUCCCCCUCACUGUGGCCCUGAGGGCGCUCGAUGAGCACGGGAACGGUCUCAUGCUGGCGGUUGCCGGGACCACCAAUGUCGUCCAGAUAUUCACGGCCUCCCUGGCAGACGGGACAGCAGGAGUUGAGUUCACCCUCCAGGCCACGCUGCCAGGGCACGAGACCUGGAUCCGCUCGCUCGACUUCGUCCAGGAAAAGCCCGAGAGGGAAAGCGAUAUCCUCUUGGCCUCGGCAAGCCAGGACAAGUAUAUCCGCCUAUGGCGCAUUCACCAGGGCACGGCGCUGUCGGCCCUGAGCGCCGCGGGACUCGAUCUCUCAGCCGACUCCCUGAUGCCGGGCAACAAGAUCCACAAGGUUACGGCGGCCGGGACCAAGUACUGCAUCAUGUUCGAGGCCCUGCUCCUGGGCCACGAGGACUGGAUCUACAGCGCCCGGUGGUCGCGUGCCGCGGAUGGCAAGCUGCAGCUGCUGUCUGCCUCGGCGGACAACUCCCUGUGCAUCUGGGAAUCCGACACCGAGUCUGGAAUCUGGAUCACGGUCGCCCGCCUCGGCGAGGUCAGCAGGGAGAAGGGAGCGACGACCGCCACCGGCAGCAUCGGCGGGUUCUGGACCGGCUUGUGGUCGCCCUCGGGCACAACCGUCAUUACGCUCGGCCGAACGGGCAGCUGGCGGCGGUGGGACUACGACGCAGCCGCGGAUGUGUGGAGGCAAAACUUUGCCAUCUCCGGCCACACCCGCGCCGUGACGGGCAUCUCGUGGUCGCCCGACGGCGCCUACCUCCUCUCCACCAGCGCCGACCAAACCACCCGCCUCCACGCCGAGUGGACGACUGGCAGCAACACGAACGCGCCCUCCUGGCACGAGAUGUCGCGCCCUCAAAUCCACGGCUACGAUCUCAACUGCAUCUCCACGCUGGGCCCCUCGUCCUUCGUCUCCGGCGCCGACGAGAAGCUCAUGCGCGUCUUCACCGAACCCAAAGCCGUCGCCCGCAUGCUCAGCCGUCUCACCAACACCGUCGCCACUCCGGAACCCUCCUCUCUCGCCCCGGACGCAGCAAACAUGCCGGUGCUGGGGCUCUCCAACAAAGCCAUCGACGAAGCCGACGCCCUCGUCGACAACGACAACGACCCAUCCUCCUCCUCCUUCCCCACUCCCACCGCCACCACAACCCACAACAACAACCACCCCGUAACCUCGUCCCCGCUCGACGCCAUCACCGACCACCCACCGUUCGAGGAGUCGCUCUCGCGGCACACGCUCUGGCCCGAGACGGAGAAGCUCUACGGCCACGGCUACGAGCUGGCCUGCCUGGCGGCCAGCCACGACGGCGCGCUGGUGGCCAGCGCCUGCCGCGCCAGCUCGCUCAACCACGCGGUCGUGCGCCUGUUCGAGACCCGCCGCUGGACCGAGCUGCGCCCGCCCCUGGCCGCCCACGCCCUGACCGUCGCCCGCGUCCGCUUCGCGCCCGACGACCGCCUGCUGCUCAGCGUCGGCCGCGAUCGGCAGUGGGUCGUCUGGGAGAGGGGGGCUGCUGCUUCUGCUUCUGGUGGUGGUGACGGUGGUGGUAGUGGUGACAGUGGUGGUGCGGGGGGUUAUAAGCUGGCGCAGGCUAAUCCCAAGGGGCACACCCGCAUGAUUCUGGAUGCCGCCUGGGCGCCGACUCUCGGUGACGGCGGUGUGCGGGUGUUCGCGACGGCCGGUAGGGACAAGCAGGUGAAGGUGUGGGUGCGCCAAGGGGAUGGGGAGCAGUUCGAGCUGGGCCUGACCGUGGCCGAGGAGCACCCCGUCACGGCGCUCGAUUUCGUGCCCGAGUUGACGGCCGACGGGCUGCUGCUGCUCGCCGUGGGUACCGAGGCAGGCAAGCUGCUCGUGCUGUCGCUCAAGGUCCAGCAGGGACAGGUGGAGGUCGUGUCGACGCUCCGCGUGAGGCCCGAGCUGUGCUUGCCCAAGGCGGUCAUGCAGCUGGCGUGGCGGCCGGCAAGGGAGGGGCAGAAGGGAAGGGAGCUUGCUAUCGCGGGUGAGGAUGGAUCGUUGAGGAUAUACGCAUUUCCCACGCUGUAAGAGGCUGAAAUGGGGCGACGGACGGUAAAAAAAUGAGAAUGGGCAUGCCUGAGCUUCGUCCUGGUCACUUGCCUCUGCACUUGGGCCGUGUCUUUUGUAUGUGCCGAAACAUGUGGAUCGGUAUAUACGGUAUUAGCCUAUUAGCUGCCCAAAUUGGGGCUCUAUCCCUUAACCAGGUGUCCCUCA